ACCAGAUUUGGCAGAAUUUUUAGAAUUCUGUUCUGUACUGUACUUUUUGGCUAAAUGAGAAGUGAAAAUUGAAACAAAAAAUGUUUUAUUCUGUAUUGUGUUUGAAAACAAUAUGAAAUUUAGAUUAUUUUCAACAGAUUCUGAAUAAAAACGUGGUAAUUUUAUAUCCUAUUUUAGUUACUCUUUUGCUUAUAAUACGAACGCUAUGUGAGUGAUUGAGAAGACAAAACCUAUUUUACCAUGGUGGACUGUGUUACUGUGUACCCACCGGUACACCCACUGAAUCAAGAGUAUUAGCAGUAGAUGGAUUUUCGUUUUCUAUCUACAUAGGCAACAUGUCUAGCAACUCUCUAUUGUUUGCUAUCAACAAUGAAGGCAAGGUUUACGCCUUAUCGACCAGUGGUUCUUGCUGGAGGGAGUUCAUGUACCUUGGCUUAGAAUUCAAGAGUUUGUCAGCGGUUCCACAUUUUCUUUGGGCAGUAGGGGGAGAUCGACAAAUAUAUCUCCAUGUCCAUGGCUUAGAAAUACCAAUACGUGUAAAGGAAGAGUCAUACGAAAAUGAGAGGUGGCUGCCUCUCGAAGGUUUUAGUGGCAGGCUAUUACCCACAGACAGGUACCAUUUCUCCUCACAAGACGGCACGACAGACAGGUCUAUUGAUCGUAUUCGAUUACCAUCUAUGGCCUGGCAGUGGGAGGGCGAUUGGCAACUGGAGCUCACCCUGGAUGGCCAACCUUUAGAUCACGAUGGAUGGACUUAUGCCGUCGAUUUUCCAGCACAGUUUGGUGCAGUAAAACAGUGGAAAUCUUGUGUUAGAAGAAGGAAGUGGAUCAGAUAUAGGAAGUUCAGUGCCUUGAAUUCUUGGUGUGCAAUAGCUCCACUUCAUAAAGAUCCCACACAAGAGCCAUUCAUAGAUGUGAGUAUUGGAGGCAACCAGAUACCUUAUGCAUCUCCUGGAACUUUGUCGGUGUGGGCUAUUACUGCUCAUGGCCGUGUCAUGUACAGAGCGGGAGUCAGUACUACUUCACCAGAAGGUUUGAAGUGGAUCAACAUCAGCAUUCCUCCUAAUUGUGAUAUAAAACAAAUCUCUGUUGGCCCAACAGGUUUGGUAUGGGCAUUACUGUGGACUGGGAGGGCAAUAGUGAGAAAAGGUAUUACCAAGGAUUGUCCCACAGGUGAAGCAUGGUUAGAAGUAAAAUCUCCCAGUGAAACCAAGCUCUCUGAAAUAUCAGUUGGAUUCAAUGCAGUGUGGGCUGUGAGUUCUGAUACUAGAGUUUGGUUUAGAAAAGGUGUGGAUGGGAACACAGCAGGCUCAUCAGAAUCAGCUGCUAUGGGCAGUGGAUGGUUGGAAAUUACUGGCAAUAUGGUUCAUAUUUCAGUUGGCAUAAAUGAUCAAGUGUUUGCUAUAGGGGAUUCUGACAAGUGUAUUUACUGGCGAAGUGGCAUAACACCAUCUGAGCAAACAGGUAAACGGUGGAGGAGGGUCCAAGCAAACAUGCAACUUAGUCGUACAUCCAGUUCAGCUAGUAUGGUCUCCUCAACAUCGAAUACUAAUAAACAUCAAAGUCUCAAUACACUCAAUGAAACAGCUCCAGAGCUUAAAUCAAACAUAAAUUUACGUAACUCCUGGGAGGAGUCACAUUCUGCUCCAAUUGAGCAUACCUUACCCAUAAAACCCCCUAAAGAAAUGCGCCCCAAAGGUACUACUAAUGUAGAAAAUAUGGAUUUAACUGGAAAAAGCUAUGAGACAACUUUGAAGAACCCUAGAGCCUGGAGUCCAGUAAGGAGUGUUGGAUCAGUAGUGGGCAUGGAAGCACAGCCAGACAGUGAUAGCAGUGUAUUUGAUGUUGAUUCUGGUAUGUUUUUUGAUGAAGAAGUCAGCCAAACUGCCUGGGGUACUUGUGAUACAACCUGGGCAUUUGCUGAAGCUGGGGCUUGUUCAAUAGAUGCUGUGCAAGUGCCCCAUUGGUUUGCAGACUCACAUGUUACUUCCAAUACUGACCUUUCAGCAAAGUGGCGAAUUCAGAUUUUAGAAAAAUUAAAGAACAGGAACACACAUUCUGAGGUAGAUUUAUCAAAUUAUGGAAUAGCAAUAGAAGAGAAAGGAUGGACUCGUAGCUGUGAAGCUAGACUAGUUAGUAUAGGCAAUUCAAGUGAAGAUUGUAUACUGUCUCUCUACUGGCAUGCUCUUGAAAAUACAGGAACAUUAUCAGUUUUUCAACCAGAUGGUACAAUAAAAUUUAUAUUAAACUUAGGGGAAGUUAUCAGUGUUACUACAUCGUCUGAACCUGGAAGUCCAAGAAUUACUUUGUAUGUUCCACGUUUUAAGAAAGAUUGUAUAAAGAUUCAAUUUAUAUCAGAAAUGGAACAAGAAGAAUGGCUUUGUGUAUUGGUAGACAUUACAUCACAAAUCAAUGGUUUGUCUGGUAAACCAUCGGCUAAUUCUGUUUGGGUGGUAACUGCAUCAGGUGACGUACUUAAUUGGGAUCCUAUGCCUAAACAAAUGAAUAUUGACAAAAAUGGUAGUCAUACAAAAGAGUUUCAAGUUUUCGGAAAAGAUAUUAUAUCUGGAUUUGAAACUGACUUGCACAACAAUUUUCCACCUGGUAGUUCAAUAAAAAUUACUGGAAGUUUAUUUGACGAUGUAAACAGAUUCCAUAUAAAUCUGCAAGGCCCAGAAGUAAAGAAGCAAAGACAUAAAAUAGAGAAAGAAGUGACUGAAAUUCCAUUACAUUUUAAUGUGAGAUUUGAUGAAAAUACUGUAGUAUGCAACACAAAGAUAUUUGGCAGCUGGGGAUCAGAAGAGCGCCAUGAACUACCUCUGGCACGGGGUCAAGAAUUUUCUAUAAAGAUAUUAUGUGAUGUGCAAGGUUUCAGAAUAAUGGUCAAUGAUAAGACCUUCUGUUUUUAUGAGCACAGAUUAAGUCCAGAGAGCAUAACAUCAGUAUUAGUUAAAGGGCAAUUGAAACUUUUUAGCAUGGAGUACAGCACAACAAGUGCCAUCAUAGGGCCAGAUGAUAUGUACUGGCGCCUGAUGGGAGGACAUUUGCGAAGGGUGGAAUGUUGCCAAAAUGGAGUGGUUUGGGGGAUUUCACAUGACCAUCGCGCCUGGGUCUACACCGGAGGAUGGGGCGGCGGGGCGCUCAAAGGUGUCGGUGGCAAUGACGGCAUUAAUUCGAUGUCAGAUACUCAAACAUAUUGUGUUUACGAAAACCAGCGAUGGAAUCCGCUGACUGGUUACACCUCCACAGGACUUCCAACAGAUCGUUAUAUGUGGAGUGAUAUCACUGGCAAACACAAGAGAACACGGGAACACACGAAAUUACUGAAUCGGCAUUGGCAUUGGAUAUCAGAAUGGAUGAUUGACUACAAUACUCCUGGAGGCGUCGACAGCGAUGGUUGGCAAUACGCUACAGACUUCCCAGCUCCGUAUCAUGGAAAGAAGAUCUUCACAGACUGCGUGCGUCGGAGACGUUGGUACAGAAAAGCUCAAAUUGUCACUGAAGGCCCUUGGGUUCGUGCUGGGAGCACCGCCUUGCUGGAUAUAUCAUUAUGGGGUAGUGACGAUGAGACAACAGUAUGGGCUAUUACGUUAGGAGGGGAAGCUAUAUAUCGAACUGGCGCGUCCCCAGCGACACCCGCGGGAGUCCACUGGGAACACGUGAAUAGUCCUCAAUCCUUAAUAUCAAUAAGCACCUGCAACAACAUUAUUUGGGUAAUCGGCCGUAAAGGGGAGCUGUACUACAGAGAAGGAGUUACCAAUUCCAACCCUGGAGGUGUUAAUUGGAAAUUGAUAGAAGCGCCGAAAUGCAGUAUCCCGUUCAGCCACAAAAUAAGUGGAGGCGCUAAAGCCGUGUCGUUGACGGACUGUGCCGCCUGGGUCGUGCUCUCAAAUGGUGCCAUUGCUGUAAGAACAGAAAUUUCCAAAUAUCAGCAAGAUGGAAAACAUUGGAAGUACUUGUCAGGUAAUGACGUUCUGCUGCUGUUGAAGGCCCUCGCUUUGCAAGAUUGCGACACUACAUUCAAACAUGUAUCAAGUAUUGAACAAGAGGUUUGGGCAGUAAGCACGGACGGCAUACUGCAGAGGAGGCUUGGAGUGUCGGUGGACAACCCGACAGGGAUCGCGUGGCAACCGGUGCUCAACGUAACACUCGUUCACGUCACUGCCAGAGGCUGUUCUAUGUAAAGAUAUUUAUGCCGAUAAAGUACAGAUAGAACUCAAAAGGCCCACAAGAAUAACUAUUACUCAAAGAAUGUUCUCCUAGUUCCCACCUUGAAACAAUUUGUCGAUAAAUGUGUCAUUCUUUUGUGACCAAUAAAACUAAUUCUUAUCGCCGAGUCACGGUUACAUAAAGGUGAAGGAAUACGAUACGGCACCUAAUUCGAUAUAGUUUGUUCAGAAACAUUCCAUUUUCGCUCAUUUGAAUACUCUUUGGAAACUUGUUAUAUUCUGUUAUGUGAUACCUAUAGUAAGUAAUCAUAAUUUUCCUACAAUUUUUUGUCUUUAGCACACAAUUCGCAUGCCAGCUCAAACUGGAUAAGCAGACAAUUUAUUGUCAUUCUAGGUGUAAGUUGGUAUUAUAUUUUUUUACUGAUAUUUUCUUCCGAAUUGUAUUAUUAGUAAGUUUAAAGCUGUGAGUAACGAAGACUUAGUGCUAGCGUCUUUUUAAGUUCUUUUAAUUAUGAAAAAUAAUCCAUUCCUCUUUAUUUCCUUACGAUUACCUAUAUUUUUGUCUAGUCAUGAGUUUUGGAUGUUUCAUUGUAUUAAAUGUUUCCCUAAAGAUAUAGGUAUGUAAGCAUAUUUUAGCGAAUUUAUGAUAUACCAAAUGUAAGCUUGUGCUUGAAAAGUAAAUAAUAUAUCAAAAUUGCAUUGAGAA